AUGUCCUGGAUUCUUAGUUGGUUCUCUGAUAUCCUGAACUACUUGGGUAAGUUUUUUUCGUUUUGUUCUUUUCUGACUUUAGGUAGGAGAUCAACGAUAAGCUGGAGUUUAUAUUGCGGUGUGAGACAGGUUCUUUGUAGAAGGGUCUCGUCGUUUUCUGCGAUCUUAGAUGUUUUUUGGAGCUAUUACGGGUUCUUUUUCUUACUUAUGACAUGUCCAAGUGAUCUAGCAAAAACCAGAUUAAAUUCAAUUAAACUAAGGAUAGUUUUGUUAUAAUAAGUCAUAAUUCUAGUGGAGUUGUGUUGUUUGUCGUCUCAGAAGGCUUCUAUAAUGUCCAAUCCGAUUUCAGGUCUAACGAAAAAAUCCGGAAAGCUGGUCUUCCUCGGGCUGGACAACGCUGGUAAAACGACCUUACUGCACAUGUUGAAAGAUGACAGAAUUGCUCAACACGUCCCCACCAUGCAUCCCACAUCAGAAGAGCUGAGUCUGGGAGGGAUAAAGUUCACCACAUUCGAUUUAGGAGGCCAUCAACAGGGUAUGGAUUUAAGAUUAUUAUUUUCUAGAAUUUCGACGUCUAUAUUUAGAUUAUGAUGUCAUUAAGGUUAAAAAUUUGAUAAUAAAUUGUAAUAGGAAAUAAUGUAAGUAUUUGCUUGCAGCACGACGAGUAUGGAAGGAUUAUUUCCCUGCCGUGGAUGCCAUUGUCUUCUUGGUGGACGCCGCGGACGGAGAACGUAUCAACGAGUCGCGCGAAGAGCUGCUCUCUCUUCUCCAAGACGAACAAGUUGCCUCGGCCCCCGUCCUCAUCCUCGGCAACAAAAUCGACAAACCCAACGCUUUCUCGGAGGAGCAUCUCAAACAUUAUCUGGGCAUCAGUCAACAGACCACCGGCAAACAACAGAUCCCCCGCUCCGAGCUCGUCAGUCGACCCAUGGAGGUGUUCAUGUGCUCAGUUCUGCGUCGUCAAGGCUACGGCGAAGGCUUCCGCUGGCUGAGUCAGUAUCUGGACUAG